AUGCCUCGUCUCACGACCAUCACUGCGAUUUUCGCUAUCUUCGUUUCCAUCAUCAUCUUCAACACACAACUCAAGAGCAUCAUCACAGACAUCACCACUUCACUCCUCAACAUAAACACCACCAACAUCACACUUUCAAACCCACCUGAACCAUCCAUGCUCAACGCAGUCAAGAACACAAUGUCCAAGACUCUCCACCACGCAAAGAUCACUCCCCACCGUAGUGGCACCCGCGGCCACUCGGACCACGGUUGGCUCAACACCUACCACAGCUUCUCUUUCGCUGACUGGUAUGACCCGCGCUUCAACAACUACGGCGCUCUGCGUGUCCUCAACGAGGACCGCGUAAAGGCCAACUCGGGAUUCCCCACCCACCCUCAUCGCGACUUUGAGAUUUUCAGCUACAUCCUGUCAGGAGAGCUUACGCACCGCGACUCCAUGCUGCAGAAGGGUAACGAGGGCGGCCAGAGUGACAAGUUCUAUCGCAUGCACCGCGGUGAUGUCCAGUUCACCACGGGCGGCACCGGUAUUGCCCACUCCGAGAUGAACGAGCACAACAAAGACACGGUGCACUUCCUCCAGAUCUGGGCCAUCCCCUGGAAGCGCGGUCUUCCCCCUACCUACCACACCCGCCACUUCUCUGAGGAGGACAAGAGGAAGGGUUUCGUCAAGAUCCUUUCGCCCCUCAAGGCCGGCCCCAACGCUACCUUGGCGGAGGAAAAGGCCGCUGAACCGUCCAUCCCGGAUACCAUCCCCAUCCACGCUGACUUUGUCAUGGGCGCGGGCAUCAUCGAGCCCAACAAGGCUUUUGAGUGGAAUGUCGGCGCCAAGGUUACGCAGCAGACAAAGCGCAAGGUGUUCAUCCACCUGCCAAUGACCAAGAGUGGCAAGGCUAAGAUCCGCAUCGACGGCCGCGACGAUGCCAUCCUCUCAGAGGGUGACGGUGCGUUUGUCGACGCAGUCAAUGCUGGAGACAAGUUGAAUGUCGAGAGCGUCGGCGAGGCAGAGGCAGAGGUUGUUGUUUUGGACACGGCAUAA